UAUCUCUCCACACUACGUCAGACGACGUCCAUCGCUACCCGCUACACACAGGAGCAGUUUGGGAGGGAGUACAAGCAAACAAUUGGGCUAGAUUUCUUCCUCAGGCGAAUCAUCGUGCCAGGGAAUGUUCAUGUGGCACUACAAGUAUGGGACAUCGGAGGCCAGACAUUGGGUGGACAGAUGCUGGACAAAUACAUAUAUGGGGCACAUGGGGUCCUAUUCGUAUAUGACAUAACCAACUACCAGAGCUUUGAGAAUUUGGAGGAUUGGAUGCAGGUCGUGAAGAAAACCAUUGAAGCGUCAGCGGAACGUCCACAUCUUGCUCUCGUAGCAAACAAGAGUGACCUGGAACACAUGCGCACCGUCAAACAAGAGAAGCAUGUCAAGUUUGCUCAAGAUCACUCGCUGUCCAGUCACUUUAUAGCUGCGAAGAGCGGCGAUGGGGUGAGUCUCUGCUUCCAGAAGAUAGCUGCUGACAUUCUGGGCAUAAAGCUCAGCAAGCAGGAGCUGGAUCAGCAGCAGAAGGUUGUCAAGGCAGAUAUCGUGGAGUACGGCGCGUCAGAGCUGCCCUCGCGUCCCAGCAACCGCAACACACGCAGUUCCAUGUGUCUCCUGCAGUGAUGGCGUCGCCACGGCAACCUCAACACACGCAGCUCCAUGUGUCUCCUGCAGUGAUCACGUCGCCACGGCAAUGGCAACACGCACAGCUCCAUGUGUCUCCUGCAGUGAUCACGUCGCCACGGCAAUGGCAACACGCACAGCUCCAUGUGUCUCCUGCAGUGAUCACGUCGCCACGGCAAUGGCAACACGCACAGCUCCACGUGUCACCUGCAGUGAUCAUGUCGCCGCAGCAGCCCUAACACACAGUUCCGUGUGCCGUCUUCACAGCAACAGUUGUCUGUGCGUUCCUUGUGCAGUCACAUGGUUCGUGUUGCCGGUAG